UUUCACGACGAAAAAUCAUAUCAAAAUCGGAAGAUUCUUCAUCAAAUUCUUCAUCAUCAUCGGCAUCAUCAUCAUCGGAUAAUCUUUACAAACAUCCAGAUGUUCUUGAUCCAUAUCUUCCAAAUAUGAAUACUGAAGAAGAUCCCUAUGGUGGUGAUGUUGAUGAUGAAGAUGGUGAUGAUGAUCAUCAUCAUAAUUAUAUUCAUGAUGACAAUGAUGAUGAUGACGAUGAAAAUGUCUGGUACAAUUUCCAUCAAUUAAUCGAUGAUCAAUUAAAAGAAAUUCGUAAUAAAUGGAAUCAAAUCGAUGAUGAAAUAUGGGCUAAAAUUAUCUGUUUUGAACGAAAUCGACGUGUAGCUAAAGCAUAUGCUCGAUCACAAGUCAUAUCGAUUAACGGUUCCGAUCGCGGAUUUGAUGGUUAUCGUAUUGGUUUGAAUGGUUUUCCUAAUCCUAAACGUGAUUUGGAAGUACAGAUGAUUAAACAACAGAUUCGUUCGGGAUUCAAAUUAAAAAUUGACGAUUUAGGUAAUGUACACAUUAAACGUAUUGGUCGAUGUCCAGUGUUUCUUGGUCCCGGUAUUCCGAACAGAAAUUCAGAUUUUCAAUAUUCACAGCAACAGCAACAACAACAAGAACAAAGAUCGAGAAUGAUUCCAUUGGAGAUAAACAAACCACAGAUGAUAUUUGAUUUUAAAAAGUUUCAACAAUCCAUGGUUUCGAUAUUAUCUCAACCACCACAACAAACGCCAUUAAAAAAUUCUAGACAACGAAUGAAUCCGUUGCUUAAUGCACCGACUUCAUCAUCAUCGUCUUCAUUAGAAAAUUAUUGUGUACAUCAUAUACAAUUAAUGGUAGAUAAUGAACAACGCCAUCAAUAUCUGCGACACCCAUGUUGGAUACUUUUAAUCAACAUUGUUGCCUUAGAUUUAUUCUGGUCAAAAUUUAAAUCUAAUGAUGCAUUAAAUCCAGUGAUCAGUCGUAAAUUAUUUACAUCGAAUCUGGCCAAUAAUCUUCAUCGUAGGGUACCAUUAAAGGCUAAAAAUCCAUUAUAUGAUCCAUGUGAAGAUGAUUAUUAUGAAAAUAACGUUAGCCAUGAAGUACAUUGUUCUGAUCAUUGUUUUAAUCGACGUGGAAAAAUUUCUGAUGACUUAUACUAUUGUGGUUAUGCUGCCAAAAUAUCCAAUACAUUAAUGUCCAAUCAUCAAUCAUCAUCAUCUUCAACUACUAUGGCCAAACUUUCUGCAUCUUCGAUACCCGUACAAUCAAAAUACAGUAUCAGCUCUAAAAGGAAUGGUAGUUUAGAAAAGAAAAAAUUAUCAGCUUCGGCGACGCCUAUUACUACAACGCCCAUUAAAACUAAAUCACGUUACAUACAGUUACGACCGAAUCCAAUGAAACAGCUGCCAACAUUCAAUCGAAUCGGAUUGGAACAAAGCAAACGAUUAUUCUUUUCAUCACACCAAUUAUCUAAUGGCCAAAUAGAUGAACAUCCAAUCAAACAAUCGGAUGAUGAUAUUAAACAUAUCUCAUCUUUAAAACAAUAUUUAGCAUCAAAUCGAUCAAAUUCAAAAUAUUCAUCUUCAUCAUCAUCGACAUCAUCGUCUUCUACAACAUCGUACAGUCCUCAUUAUCAACGAUUCAAUUAUAAUCAAAAUCGCCAACAUCAUAACCUAAAUAAUCGUUAUUCUACACCAUCAAAACUUAAUUAUCGAAUGAAACAAACAUAUCGUUCGACAUGUGACCUGUUAUCAUGAAUGUGGAACAAGAUAAAACAAUCAAAAUAGUGCAUAAGAUGACGAAUCUUUUUUUAAUGUUGAUGUGAUUUUAUUUUUCGUUAGGUCAUUUUUUUCCGCUUUUGGAUUAUUGUUUGUCGUCCUGUCUACACUAAAAACAAUUCAUAUUUUCCUGAUUUUUUUAUG